GGUAUUUUACAUUGCCGGCGGCUGUAUCGAGCGGUGAAUGCCGUAGGGCCCUCAAGCGGGGUGUCGAGUUAACUGUCUGAGCCGUGGGUCGUGCAUAUCUGCAAUAGGUAGUGGGAUGAUCAUCCUUAUAGGCGCCCAAUAGUAUAGGUUGCAUUCAAAAGAUGAUAUACAUACAUGCAGACAUGCAGACAUGUUCACCAGAGCCAGAUCUGACGCUUGCGUAUCCCAGUGGGUCAUAGCGUAAUGAAGUCCUGCAUAUCUAUAUCCGUCGUACGACCUGUGAAAGUCAUAAGGCUGAGUGAGAUCCCUCCGUCUUAUAUCAAUCGCCGAACUAAGCUUUCUUCCUUACCUAACUUCGAGAGUCUCUCGCGUCCUGCCAGAAAUCGUCAUGGAGAAAGGCUCUACAGAAUCUCGAGAUCGCCUUCUCGGUGAAACAGAGUACAUCGAUGCGAAAUUCAGGACCUCCGAUGAGUCUAAGACAUCAAUACGCCGAUGGAUACGCAACAAUGCCCUUCUACUUGUGAUAUUUAUGCUUCUGCUAUACAUCGCUAUUUUCCUGACCAUUGACUCCGCGGCGAGACUCGGGACGCAGCAACAAUGCCUCGGAGCGGAUAAACACUUUAGGUUACCUGGGGACGCUGUACGGUACGAAGAGAAGCAGGAAUGGUAUACCCUCCGGGAACCUUGGAACAAGGAGCCAUCAGACGAGCUUGAUGAUCUCUGGGAAGACUUAUUAUAUGCGUUGAAUAUCAGAGUUUCCCCUCAUGAGAUGGAACAGCUUGGUUCAAACCUUACGAAUCGUAUCCAAGUUGACGGUGGGGACUACCUUGGCGUUAUGGGUGUAUACCAUCAUCUCCAUUGCCUGAAUAAUCUACGGAGGAUAGUCCAUUGGGAUUAUUAUGAGUCCCGUGUGUCAGAUCUAGGCCCUACGGGUCCUUUUGGAAAGGGGCACUCAGAUCACUGCAUCAACGCAAUCCGUCAAGCCUUGAUGUGCCACGCAAACACCGAGAUACACACAGGACAAUGGAUUUACGACCCCGAUAGGCCUCAGGCUUCGAAACUAGGAUCGCACUCGGUGACUACAUGCGUGAAGUGGGAUAGCUUGAAUAAUUGGGCACGUAGCAGAGCAUUGAGAUCGGGCGAAUACACUUACAGACCUGUACCGAUCGAUGAAACUAUGUCAGAUUAGAAGAAAUAAUAACUUAUAAGCGUCUUGAAAUUCGUCAUCUGACAUGCAUUGUCAAGUACCACCCCAUUGAAAGCAUGAGAUCUUACCCAAUGAUUAAGUUCUCGUUCAUAAUUAGAAUACGAGGCAGACAUAUCAGUUCUAUGAUAGUGAAUACCUAUUCUCUUAUGACACUAUUGUAAACAUUAGGAGGUCAUUUCUGAUGCAAGGGGAUAAUGUAACCGUAGCAGCAGGGAGUAGCACUUAGUAGACGUACUCAAGGUACGGCAGAAUCGGUCCGAUCUAUUUUGAAGCUUACCUGUGGACCUUUCAUAGCUGCGUACCUGGUAGCUAGCUUACAAGAAGCCGCAUAUCCAAGUUCCAUUCUCAUUCUU